AUGGCCACCUGCUGGCAGGGCCUGUGGGCCUAUCGCUCCUACUUGAUUGUGAUAUGUCUGCCCAUUUUCCUGUUGCCUCUGCCCCUCAUUGUACAAAGAAAGGAAGCCUACUGUGCUUACUCCAUCAUCCUCAUGGCGCUGUUCUGGUGCACCGAGGCCCUGCCCCUGGCCGUCACUGCACUCUUCCCCAUCAUCCUGUUCCCCCUGAUGGGCAUCAUGGAUGCCUCUGAGGUCUGCAUCGAGUACUUCAAAGACACCAAUGUACUGUUCUUCGGGGGGCUCAUGGUGGCCAUCACCGUGGAGCACUGGAACUUGCACAAGCGCAUCGCCCUGUGUGUGCUCCUUAUCAUCGGGGUGCGGCCUGCCCUGCUGAUUCUGGGCUUCAUGGUGGUCACGGCCUUCCUCUCCAUGUGGAUCAGUAACACAGCCACAACAGCUAUGAUGUUGCCCAUCGCGCAUGCAGUCCUGGAGCAGCUGCAUGGCUCCCACAAAGAUGUGGAGGGGGGCAAUGAGAACCCCACCUUUGAGCUGCAGGAAGCAAGUCCUCAGAAGGAAGGGGCCAAGCUUGAUAAUGGACAGGUCAUACGGACUUCUUCAGAGUCAAAGGUUCAGAAGACCCAGGAGCACCUUCGCUUAAGCCAGGGCUUGAGCCUGUGCAUCUGCUACUCGGCCAGCAUCGGAGGCAUUGCCACCCUGACGGGUACCACACCCAACCUGGUGCUGCAAGGCCAGGUCAACUCGCUCUUCCCCCAAAAUGGCAACGUAGUGAACUUUGCCUCCUGGUUUGGCUUUGCCUUCCCCACCAUGGUCAUCUUGCUGCUGCUGGCCUGGGUAUGGCUACAGAUCCUCUUCCUGGGCUUCAACUUCCGGAAGAACUUUGGCUUUGGAGAAGGGGAAGAGGAGCGAAAACAAGCAGCCUUUCAGGUCAUCAAGACCCAGCACAAGCUGCUGGGCCCCAUGAGCUUUGCAGAAAAGGCUGUCACCAUCCUCUUUAUCAUCCUGGUGAUACUCUGGUUUACUCGGGAGCCAGGCUUCUUCCAAGGCUGGGGUAACGUGGCUUUUGCUGAUGAAAAUGGGCAAAGCAUGGCAUCUGAUGGGACAGUGGCCAUCUUCAUCAGUGUAAUCAUGUUCAUUGUGCCCUCCAAGAUCCCAGGACUAACUCAGUUCCCAGAAAAACCAGGGAAGCUGAAGCCUCCUCCUGCCCUCCUCACCUGGAAGAUAGUGAAUGAGAAGAUGCCCUGGAAUAUCGUGAUCUUGCUGGGUGGGGGCUUUGCCCUGGCCAAAGGCAGUGAGAAAUCAGGUCUGUCUGAGUGGUUAGGAGACAAACUGACCCCGCUUCAGCACAUACCACCUCCGGCCACCGCCCUCAUCCUCUGCCUGCUGAUUGCCACCUUCACUGAGUGUACUAGCAACGUGGCCACCACUACACUCUUUCUACCCAUCCUAGCAUCCAUGGCUCAGGCCAUCUGCCUUCACCCUCUCUACGUCAUGCUACCCUGCACCCUGGCGGCCUCCCUGGCCUUCAUGCUGCCUGUGGCCACUCCACCAAACGCCAUCGUCUUCUCCUUUGGGGGUCUCAAAGUGUCUGAUAUGGCCCGCGCUGGAUUCCUGCUCAACAUCAUCGGGGUGCUGGUUAUCACACUGGCUGUCAACAGCUGGAGCAUUCCCAUCUUUCACCUGGACACAUUCCCCACCUGGGCCCACUCCAACACAAGCCAAUGCCUUCUCAGCUCACCCAACUCCACUACACCAGGUCCCUAGACCCGAGUGCAGCUCGGCUCUGCUGGGGAAAACCCACCCGUACCCGUGCCACUCCGCGGAACCAGAAGGGGGCACCCCAAGUGCCAAGCCCUGGGCUAGAGAUGAAGAGACGGCCGGCGCUUGUGCAAUCGUGUGUUCGUGUGUUCCCAGAGAACGUGUGUGAGCUCGCUCUCCAGAGUGCAUAGCAAGAUGCGCGUGUUACAGUGUGCACGGACACAUGCGCGCACGUGUGCGUGUGCGUGUGCGUGUGCGUGUGUGCGUGUGUGUGUGGUGUGGCCUGAGAGCGCCUGAGCGGCUGUACCCUCCCUCUCUGCCAGCUAGGCCUCUUUGCACUGUAUUUAUUGAAACUCCGAGUUGGAACUGCCUGGGAGCUGGGCCGGCCGCGGGGUCUGGCUCGGCGCGCCAGGUUCCCCAGCCUUGGAGCUUCGGAAGGCUCCAAGGUCCAUUAAAGGCUUUUUCAGUAUA